AUGGCACCAGCAGCAGUCGAGGAGAUUGGUCCAGCAAGCGGUCCGGAUGUCCAGCUCAAGCCGGAGACAGGAGCGUCAAAUGGUAAAACAGAACAAGAUCCAUCAAAACCUCACGAAGAGUACCAAUAUCUGAACCUCAUCCGCGACAUCCUGCGAAAUGGUGAACAUCGACCAGACAGGACAGGAGCCCUCGUCUUGCCACUGCUCACGAGCAAACGCGUCUUCCUGCGUGCCGUCCUUGCGGAGCUACUCUGGUUCGUCUCCGGCGACACGAAUGCAAAGAACCUUCAAGAUCAGAACGUCAAGAUCUGGGAUGGCAACGCAUCGCGCGCCUAUCUUGACUCCAUCGGCCUCGGACACCGCGAGGAAGGCGAUCUAGGACCAGUCUACGGCUUCCAAUGGCGGCACUUUGGAGCGGAGUACGACACCUGCCAUAGCGACUACAGUGGCAAAGGUGUGGACCAGUUGGCAGAAGUCAUAAACAAGCUGAAGAAUAAUCCAUACGACCGGCGGAUCAUUCUAAGCGCCUGGAAUCCUGCGGACCUGAAAAAAAUGGCACUCCCACCUUGUCACAUGUUUGCCCAGUUCUACGUCUCAUUCCCUGCUAGUGCGCCAUUGAGAGAAGACGGAUCGAAGCGUGGCACACUGCAUACACUUUUAUACCAACGGAGCUGCGACAUGGGGCUGGGUGUGCCAUUCAACAUCGCCUCGUAUGCGCUGCUCACGCACAUGCUCGCGCGGGCGUGUGACUUGAUUCCGGGGAGCUUGACGCAUACAAUGGGAGACGCCCAUGUGUAUCUGGAUCAUCGAGAAGCGCUGGAGGUGCAGAUCCAGCGGGUGCCAAAGGACUUUCCGACCUUGGAGAUCGAGAAGGAGGCAGGCUGCAGUAUCGAUGGCUGGAAGGUGGAAGACUUCAAAGUAAUUGGGUAUGAGCCGCACAAGGGCAUUGCUAUGAAGAUGAGCGUAUGA